AUUGCAACCAAAAGCAAAAAAAAAAAAUCAAUGCUGAACAUAUACUAAUGGUAAGUCACCUUCUUUGGUUUUUUGACUAUAGAGCGGAUGCAGAGGCUGUGCUCAAAGACUGCAAAGCAAUGGCGGCCAAGAAAAGAAGAAAAAGCACCCGCUUAGAAAACCUUGGCAUCCCAGAAGAAGAAUUACUCAGACAGCAACAAGAGCUUUUUGCAAAGGCACGAGAGCAAGUGGAAAUGGUUGAGCAGCAGCAGUGGCAGAUGCUGCAAGCACAAGCAGCAGCUGCUCAACAGCAACAGCAGGAGCAACAGGCAAUUGAUGAAGAUGAAGAUUAUUCUUAAACUGUAACCCCAAACCAGCUGUCAGAUUUUACAAAGAAGUCUAACCAUAUUAUUGUACUUAAAGUUAAGUUCCCCAAAAUACAAUUUUGUUAUA